CGCAGUGUUCAGCGGCUGCAGCGCGGACAGCAGAGACAGCGCGGGGCGCGCCGGAGCCUGGACAGCUUCUGGACGCGCCGGGUCGCGGCGCCAACGCCGAGAUGUGCGACUGCUUCCACGCCGUGCUGCCCUGGCCCGGGGCCCCCGGCAGCGUGUCUGGCCAACAGCUGGAGCCCCAGGAGCCAGAAACGGAAGAGGAGCACUCGGUGACUGCGGGGCCUGUGGAUGAGGUCAUCCGGCCCCGGCCACAGGGGUCCUCACCUGUCUACGAAUGCAGGACUGAGGGCACCAGCUUCGGGCUCCAAGAAGACGCCCCGGGCAGGCGAGGCGCCUCCGGGAGACGGAGGUCCUGGUGGAAGCGGGACUCCGGGGACUCGCAGACGCUCUCCAGGAUGAGCCGUCCCGAGGAGGCGACAGAGGUGACCCUGGAGACGGAGGUGGAGGCAGGAGCCAGUGGCUACAGCGUCACUGGCGGCGGGCACCAGGGCAUCUUCGUCAAGCAAGUGCUCAGAGACUCCUCGGCUGCCAAGCUCUUCAACUUACAAGCAGGGGAUCAGCUGCUCAGCGCCACCGUAUUCUUUGACGAAAUCAAGUAUGAAGAUGCUCUCAAAAUCCUGCAGUACUCAGAGCCCUACCGCGUUCAGUUCAAGCUCCGGCGGAGACUGCCUGCUGCAGACGCCGGGGGGCGGGGCUCCAGCGGCAGUCAGCGCCUCCCCGCGGGCGAGGAGAAGCAGGAUAAAGACAUUGCUGAUGGGUGUCCAGAGACCCCGACAAAGACUCUGGAGGGGGACGGAGACCAGGAGCGGCUCAUCUCCCAGGCCCGGGAGGGCAGGGGCAGGCGGCCCCAGAAAGAGAGGCGUUCCUGGCCCAAGUUCCAGGCGCUGAAGAGCACGCGGGGAACGGGGCCCCGGAGGUCCCACAGCUCCUCAGAGGCCUCCGAGCGCAGGGACGCCCCUGACGUGUCCCCCGGCAUCACGGACACGGAGGCCCAGGCCCCAGCGGAGCACCUGCGGCAAAAGGGGCACCUCGAGACCAGGCACCUCAGCAUCCAGCUCCCUUCUGCCGACUUGGAUGUCCAGCAAGGCCAGGUGGACGUGACGCACCCAGAGAGACAGAGGCCUGAGGCAGAGCUGCGCGAACCACAGGCCUCUGCAGCUGGCCUGAGGGGGCGCCUGCCCCAGAUACAGAUGCCCGGCGUCAAGAUGCCCAGAGUGGAGCCCCAGGGCCCCCAGGCGGACAUUAAGGGACCCAAGAUGGAUGUGACAGGUGCAGAGGGGGACAUGGAGGUGUCACAGCCAAGCAAGGACGUGGACAUUCAGGCUUGUGGUGGCAAACUGGAGACAGACCUGGUCCUGGGAGACAAGGACCUGGCCAGCAAAGGUAGCAAGUUCAAGAUGCCCAAGUUCAAGAUGCCCUCCUUUGGGACGUCCACACCGAGGAAGACGGUGGAAGUCUCAGUGGACAAGACGAUGCCGGUGGUGGGGGCAGACGUGACCCUCCCCUCGUUCCAGGGGGACCUCGAGAGCGGGGAUCUCAGCACCCAGCUCCCAUCUGCAGAUCUGGACAUUCAGUCUGUCCAGGGGGACACGAGCCACCCAGAGGACCAGCUGUCUGGGGUGGAGGUGUCAGAAGCCCAGGUUGCUGGAACCAGACUCAAGGGACACCUGCCCAGGGUACAGACGCCCAGCAUCAAAAUGCCCAAAGUGGGCCUCAGAGGCCCCCAGGUGGACAUCAAGGGUCCCGACAUGGACGUGAAAAGCACCAAGGGGACAGUGAGCACCACUGCCGUGGAGGUGUCACUGCCCAGCAUAGACGCAGACGCCCAGGCUCCUGGUGCCAAGGUGGGGCCUGGCUUGGCCAUGGGAGACAAGGAGGUGACCGUGAAAGACUCGAAGUUCAGGAUGCCCAAGUUCAAGAUGCCCUCCUUUGGGGCCUCCACACCGAGGAAGACUGUGCAGGCCUCGGUAGAUGUGCCCACAUCCACAGUGGAGGCAGCCGUGACCCUCGUCUCUUUCCAGGGAGACCUGAAGACCACUGGCCUCAGCAUCCAGCUUCCCCCUGAGCCGGGAGUCCAGCCAGCCCAGGGGGACGUGAGGCUCCCAGAGGCUCAGCUGCCGGACAUGGAGGUGAGUGUACCACAGGCCUCUGCUGCUGGCCCGAGGGGACACCUGCCCAAGGUGCCCAUGCCCAGCAUCAGGAUGCCCAAGGUGGGGCUCCAGGGCCCCCAGGUGGACAUCGGGGCUCUCAAAGUGGACGUCAAGGGAUCCAUGGGAGAAGUGAGCACCCCAGAUCUGGGAGUGUCGCUGCCGAGUGUGGACGUGGACAUGCAGGCUCCCGGUGCCCAGCUGGAGAUGGACCUCUCUUUGGGAGACAAGGACGUGGCCAUCAAAGACGGAAAAUUCAAGUUGCCCAAGCUCAAGAUGCCCUCCUUUGGGGCCUCCACACCCGGGAAGACUGUGCAGGCCGCGGUGGGUGUGGCUGCACCAAAGGUGGAGGGAGACGUGACCCUCGGCUCUUUGCACGGGGAACUGGAGACCACUGACCUCAGCAUUAGGGUCCCCUCUUCUGAGCUGGGAGUCCAGCCUGCCCAGGGGGACGUGAGGCUCCCAGAGGCUCAGCUGCCAGACAUGGAGGUGAGUGUACCACAGGCCUCUGCAGCUGACCCGAGGGGACACCUGCCCAAGGUGCCCAUGCCCAGCAUCAGGAUGCCCAAGGUGGGGCUCCAGGGCCCCCAGGUGGACAUCGGGGCUCCCAAAGUGGACGUCAAGGGAUCCAUGGGAGAAGUGAGCGCCCCAGAUCUGGGAGAGUCACUGCCGAGUGUGGACGUGGACAUGCAGGCUCCUGAUGUCAAGAUGGAGGCUGAUCUGGACGUUGGAGAGAAGGCCGUGACUGCCAAAGACAGCAAGUUCAAGCUGCCCAGGUUCAGAAUGCCCUCCUUUGGGACAUCCACCACCGGCAAGACCACAGAGGCCCCUCUGGACGUGACCACACCUAAGGUGGAGGCCGACCUGACGCUCCCCUCUUUCCAAGGGGAUGUCAAGACCGCUGACCUCAGCGUGCAGCUGCCUUCUGCUGAUGUGAAAGUGCAGCCUGUCCAGCUGGGCGGGAAAGUCCCAGAGGGCCAGCAGCCUGAGGCAGAGCUGCCCACGCCACAGGCCUCUGCUGCUGGCCCGAGGGGACAGCUGCCCAAGGUGCCCAUGCCCAGCAUCAGGAUGCCCAAGGUGGGGCUCCAGGGCCCCCAGGUGGACAUCGGGGCUCCCAAAGUGGACGUCAAGGGAUCCAUGGGAGAAGUGAGCGCCCCAGAUCUGGGAGAGUCGCUGCCGAGCGUGGACGUGGACAUGCAGGCUCCUGGUGCCCAGCUGGAGAUGGACCUCUCCUUGGGAGACAAGGACGUGACCAUCAAAGACGGAAAAUUCAAGUUGCCCAAGCUCAAGAUGCCCUCCUUUGGGGCCUCCACACCCGGGAAGACUGUGCAGGCCACGGUGGGUGUGGCUGCACCAAAGGUGGAGGGAGACGUGACCCUCGGCUCUUUGCACGGGGAACUGGAGACCACUGACCUCAGCAUUAGGGUCCCCUCUUCUGAGCUGGGAGUCCAGCCUGCCCAGGGGGACGUGAGGCUCCCAGAGGCUCAGCUGCCGGACAUGGAGGUGAGUGUACCACAGGCCUCUGCAGCUGACCCGAGGGGACACCUGCCCAAGGUGCCCAUGCCCAGCAUCAGGAUGCCCAAGGUGGGGCUCCAGGGCCCCCAGGUGGACAUCGGGGCUCCCAAAGUGGACGUCAAGGGAUCCAUGGGAGAAGUGAGCGCCCCAGAUCUGGGAGAGUCACUGCCGAGUGUGGACGUGGACAUGCAGGCUCCUGAUGUCAAGAUGGAGGCUGAUCUGGACGUUGGAGAGAAGGCCGUGACUGCCAAAGACAGCAAGUUCAAGCUGCCCAGGUUCAGAAUGCCCUCCUUUGGGGUGCCCGACCCUGGCAAGAUCAAAGAGGCCUCGGUGGACAUGACCACAGCAAAGGUCGAGACAGACGUGACCCUCGCCUCUUUCCAGGGAGACCUGAAGACCACUGGCCUCAGCAUCCAGCUUCCCCCUGAGCCGGGAGUCCAGCCAGCCCAGGGGGACGUGAGGCUCCCAGAGGCUCAGCUGCCGGACAUGGAGCUGAGUGUACCACAGGCCUCUGCUGCUGGCCCGAGGGGACACCUGCCCAAGGUGCCCAUGCCCAGCAUCAGGAUGCCCAAGGUGGGGCUCCAGGGCCCCCAGGUGGACAUUGGGGCUCCCAAAGUGGACGUCAAGGGAUCCAUGGGAGAAGUGAGCACCCCAGAUCUGGGAGAGUCACUGCCGAGUGUGGACGUGGACAUGCAGGCUCCCAGUGCCCAGCUGGAGGCUGAUCUGGACCUUGGAGAGAAGGCCGUGGCUGCCAAAGACAGCAAGUUCAGACUGCCCAGGUUCAGAAUGCCCUCCUUUGGGACAUCCACCACCGGCAAGACCACAGAGGCCCCUCUGGACGUGACCACACCUAAGGUGGAGGCCGACCUGACGCUCCCCUCUUUCCAAGGGGAUGUCAAGACCCCUGACCUCAGCGUGCAGCUGCCUUCUGCUGAUGUGAAAGUGCAGCCUGUCCAGCUGGGCGGGAAAGUCCCAGAGGGCCAGCAGCCUGAGGCAGAGCUGCCCACGCCACAGGCCUCUGCUGCUGGCCCGAGGGGACAGCUGCCCAAGGUGCCCAUGCCCAGCAUCAGGAUGCCCAAGGUGGGGCUCCAGGGCCCCCAGGUGGACAUCGGGGCUCCCAAAGUGGACGUCAAGGGAUCCAUGGGAGAAGUGAGCGCCCCAGAUCUGGGAGAGUCGCUGCCGAGUGUGGACGUGGACAUGCAGGCUCCUGGUGCCCAGCUGGAGAUGGACCUCUCCUUGGGAGACAAGGACGUGACCAUCAAAGACGGAAAAUUCAAGUUGCCCAAGCUCAAGAUGCCCUCCUUUGGGGCCUCCACACCCGGGAAGACUGUGCAGGCCACGGUGGGUGUGGCUGCACCAAAGGUGGAGGGAGACGUGACCCUCGGCUCUUUGCACGGGGAACUGGAGACCACUGACCUCAGCAUUAGGGUCCCCUCUUCUGAGCUGGGAGUCCAGCCUGCCCAGGGGGACGUGAGGCUCCCAGAGGCUCAGCUGCCGGACAUGGAGGUGAGUGUACCACAGGCCUCUGCAGCUGACCCGAGGGGACACCUGCCCAAGGUGCCCAUGCCCAGCAUCAGGAUGCCCAAGGUGGGGCUCCAGGGCCCCCAGGUGGACAUCGGGGCUCCCAAAGUGGACGUCAAGGGAUCCAUGGGAGAAGUGAGCGCCCCAGAUCUGGGAGAGUCACUGCCGAGUGUGGACGUGGACAUGCAGGCUCCUGAUGUCAAGAUGGAGGCUGAUCUGGACGUUGGAGAGAAGGCCGUGACUGCCAAAGACAGCAAGUUCAAGCUGCCCAGGUUCAGAAUGCCCUCCUUUGGGGUGCCCGACCCUGGCAAGAUCAAAGAGGCCUCGGUGGACAUGACCACAGCAAAGGUCGAGACAGACGUGACCCUCGCCUCUUUCCAGGGAGACCUGAAGACCACUGGCCUCAGCAUCCAGCUUCCCCCUGAGCCGGGAGUCCAGCCAGCCCAGGGGGACGUGAGGCUCCCAGAGGCUCAGCUGCCGGACAUGGAGGUGAGUGUACCACAGGCCUCUGCUGCUGGCCCGAGGGGACACCUGCCCAAGGUGCCCAUGACCAGCAUCAGGAUGCCCAAGGUGGGGCUCCAGGGCCCCCAGGUGGACAUCGGGGCUCUCAAAGUGGACGUCAAGGGAUCCAUGGGAGAAGUGAGCACCCCAGAUCUGGGAGUGUCGCUGCCGAGUGUGGACGUGGACAUGCAGGCUCCUGGUGCCCAGCUGGAGGCUGAUCUGGACCUUGGAGAGAAGGCCGUGGCUGCCAAAGACAGCAAGUUCAGACUGCCCAGGUUCAGAAUGCCCUCCUUUGGGACAUCCACCACCGGCAAGACCACAGAGGCCCCUCUGGACGUGACCACACCUAAGGUGGAGGCCGACCUGACGCUCCCCUCUUUCCAAGGGGAUGUCAAGACCGCUGACCUCAGCGUGCAGCUGCCUUCUGCUGAUGUGAAAGUGCAGCCUGUCCAGCUGGGCGGGAAAGUCCCAGAGGGCCAGCAGCCUGAGGCAGAGCUGCCCACGCCACAGGCCUCUGCUGCUGGCCCGAGGGGACAGCUGCCCAAGGUGCCCAUGCCCAGCAUCAGGAUGCCCAAGGUGGGGCUCCAGGGCCCCCAGGUGGACAUCGGGGCUCCCAAAGUGGACGUCAAGGGAUCCAUGGGAGAAGUGAGCACCCCAGAUCUGGGAGAGUCGCUGCCGAGUGUGGACGUGGACAUGCAGGCUCCUGGUGCCCAGCUGGAGAUGGACCCUUCCCUGGGACACCAGGACGUGUCCAUCAAGGACAGCAAGUUCAAAAUGCCCUCCUUCGUGACGUCCGCUCCUGGGAAGACUGUAGAAGCAUUGCUGGACAAGACUGUGCUAAUGGUGGAGGCCGACCUGACGCGCCCCUCUCUCCAGGGGGACCUCGAAACCACUGACCUCAGCAUCCAGCGCCCUUCCUCUCACCCGGAGACCCAGCCUGGCCAAGUGAGUGUGAGGCUCCCAGAGGGCCCACAGCCCGAGACAGAGCUGCCCCCGCCACAGGCCUCGGAGGCUGGCCUGAAAGGGCACGUGCCCAACGCGCCCAGCAUCACGGGUGCCCAGGUGGACAUCAGGAGCCCCAGUGAGGUAGCCCAGUGUGCCAAGGCUGAGGUGGGUGCUCCCGGAAUGCAGGUUUCACUGCCAUGCACAGACCUGGGCAUCCGCGCUCCUGGUGUCGAGGGCACAUCGUUGGGAGACAAGGAGGUGACCGUGAAAGACUCGAAGUUCAGGACGCCCAAGCUCCAGAUGCCCUCCUCUGGGGCGUCCACACCCGGGAAGACGGAGGAGGCCUCGGUGGGUGUGCCCACAUCCGCGGCGGAGACAGCCGUGGCCCUGCCCCCUCACUGCGGGGACCUCAGGUCCAUUGAGCUCGGCAGCCGUCUGCCUUCUGCUGACCAGGAGGUCCAGCCUGGCCAGCUGUGUGUGCAGCCCCCAGAGGGCCAGCCUCCUGGGACAGAGUUGUCUGAACCACAACCACAGGCCUCUGGUCUGAGGGGACACCUGCCUGGGGCACAGAUGCCCAGCAUCAAGGUGCCCAGAGUGGACCUCAAGGGCCCCCAGGUGGCCAUCACGGGCCUGGAGGUGGACAUGAAAGGUGCCAAGGAGGAGGUGAGCACCCCUGAUCUGGAGGCAUCCCUGCCCAGUACGGACGUGGCCAUCCAGGCUCCUGGGGUCAAGGUGGAGACAGACCUGGCCCUGGGCCGCCCGUUCCCUCCUCCGCCGUCCUCCAGCCGUGGACCUGUUUCCUCGUCCACUCUGGAAGGAAGCCUGGAGCACAUAGCUGCGGCUCCCUCCGCCGCCAGGAGCCCUGGGGCCGGCGCCGCCCUCCCCGAGGCCCGCGUUCCAGUGCAGGCUGAGACCCAGGCGCUGGGGAGCGCUGCCCAGGACAGCUCCGAGCGCCUCCCGGGCCCUGGCCACAGUCCCUUCCCUCUUGUCCCACCCAGCGCCUCGGCCACCUCCUCCGUUGUCCGCACUGCCCAGGCUCCCGGGCAGGUGCCCCAGGUGGCACUGCCCAGUGCUCCUUCAGCCAGUGUCGAUGUCACUGGUGGCCACGUCUCCACUUCCUGUGGGCACGUCAGACUCACAGAACACCAGGUGGCCCUCCCCCCAGCCACCCUGGCCCCCCCACCUCCUCAAGAUGCCGCUUUUGGGUCACAGGUCAGUGCCCCCCCUUCCAGCGUAGGAAGUUCUGCUGCCCCCCAGUGCCCAGGACGCGUCCCCACGUCCCAGACUGCUGGCCCGCUGCCCGCAGCGCAUGGUUGGGUGACUUUUCCUAAAUUCCAUAAACCGAAGUUUGGGUUUUCAAGCCCCAAAGCCACAGUCCCCGAGGUGGACCUGCGUGCAGAGGUGCGUGCCCCAGCCUUGCCUGCUGGGGACCCCACGGGGGCCGUGGGCGGCGUGGCUGGGGAGGGCGGGCCGUCUUCUCCGCCAGGCUCUGAGCUGCGGUCCUCGGGCGUCUCCGCAAGGGCCCCCAAGGGAGCCCCAUCCGAGGCCCCUGACCAGGAAGGCAAAGGGAGCCCCUUCAGAGCUCCCGGGUGGACGCUUCCGUCGCAGAGCCGGGCUCUGGAGCAGGACCGGGGGCCCACGGGGGACCCUGAGGGCAGCUGGGAGGACACGGACGCUCAGCCCAGGGGUCCGGGUUCCCACGCGGACACGCACGGGCAUCGGCCUCCAGAGGCGCAAGGCGAGAAGAGCAGGCGUGGGCUUCCCACAGCCAGGGCUUCGGAGGGGCAGGCCGCUGCGGCCCUGCCGAGCCCUGCAGCCAAGGGUGGCGUUGGCGCCACGGAAAGGGCCAGCAGCGCGGGUGGGGGCAGCAGCUCUGGCGCCUCGGGGGGAGGGGCUGUGAGCCGCCGUCUGCCCCAGGCCCGCUUUCCCAGUCUGGGCUUUGUCAAACUGGACCGCAGGUCCUCCAAGGCCACGGCGGAGGUGAGCCGGGCUGAAGCCAAGCCGCGUCUGCCCGCACACACUGCCGCUGCUGGAAGUGGCAGUGGAGGGCCUGGGCCCACUGAGGAGGGGACAGCCCCCCCAGGGGAGGACCUGCCCCAGCCACCCUGUGGGAAACCAGGUGCAGGCCUCCCUGGGGAGGACGCGCCCGCGGAAGCCACACCGGUCAGUGCACAGGAGAGCCGGUUCAAAAUGCCCAAGCUCCACGUGCCGGGCUUCAGGCGCACCCGGUCCAAGGACAGAGGCGAGGCUGCAGAGCAGGAGGCACCUGGGGGGGCGGGGAGCCCCCUCUCCGGGCCUGAGGCGCAGGCAGGCGCAGCCCCGCAGCCCCCGGACACCAAGGCCGGGGCAGCCGCGGCAUCCGAGGGCGUGUCCUCCGUGGGUGUCCCGCAGUGCCCGCCUCAUAGCACAGGUGUGAUGCUGUCCGAGAUCAGCACCCAGCCUGCCGAAGGCUCCCUGCCCCUCCAGGGGCUGGGCACGAGGCCGUCGGGAAGACAGGCAGAGGCCCCGGUGGAAAGCUGGCCGUCCCCGCCCCAGGGCCCCGUGAGACUGACGGCAUCGAGGACGGAUGUGCCGGCCCAGGUCUCCGUGGUGAGCACCCAUCAGCUCUGGCAAGAUUCCGUGCUGACCGUCAAGUUCCCUACAUGGAAGGGCCCGAGGUUCGCGUUCCCUGCCCCUGGCUCGGAGGCCGACGUGUUCGUCCCCGCGGUGCGGCAGGUGCGGGGCUCCGUGGCCGGGGCAGGUGAGGCUCUCUCUGAGGGGCGCGCCGGGCUCUGGGCGGCCAGCAUCCUGCCGGCAGCCACCGAGGUUUUCGGGGAGCAGCCUGUGUGCCUUGACCCCUCCUGGGGACCGCCCCCGAUUUCUCAGGUCAGGGUGCACUUCCAGAGGGCUCCAGCUGAGAGCCAGGGCAUGGUCCUCCGCAGUGGGGCGUCCCCAGCGCCUGCUGACCCCGUGGAGACUGAGGCCAUUUCCACUGAGAUUGUGCGUGAGUCAGAGAUCCCCACGUCCCGGGUUCAGACACCUUCCUACGGGUUCUCCUUGUUAAAGGUGAAACUCCCAGAGCGCCGCGCGCGGGCCGUGUGCACGGUGCCCGGAGGCUCCGAGGCCCCCGCUGCGGGAGGCUCUGUCUCCGGGGCCGUCCCGCCCGACUCCGCAGAACCCUUUGAGGCGGUGCCGUCCGGCGGCCACCCGCUGGGGCCGGCCGAGGAUGAGGAGCCGGCCGCUGAGGAGGACCGAGAGGCGGCCGAAGCCGGCGCGGCACCGCAGAAGCCUGGAAGUCAGAAAUCGGGCCUGUGGUUCUGGCUUCCACACGUCGGCUUUUCCUCUUCUGUCGACGAGACGAGCGCCGCCCCCGGAGACCCCAGCCAGAGCCCGGCUCCCGUCCAGACGCAGCCCGAGGCCCGGCCAGCCGCGCAGCCGCCGGGCAGGCAGGAGAAGGCCAGCUGGUUCCGGUUUCCCAAACUAGGGUUCUCUGCCCCGCCCGCCAAGAGCAGCCCCGGCGUGGGCGCGGAAGGCGGGGCGGGCCCCUCCGAGCCCACAGGCCAAGACGAAACCGUCGCCUUUUUUGACGCCAGAGAAAGUCUCUCCCCUGAAGAGAAGGAAGGGGGUGACCCAGCCGAGGCUGCCGGCGCCGGCCAGAAGGAGCCCACCAAGAACGCUGGCCGGGAGCCCGCACCCCCGGCCCAGGGAGGACCGGAGAAGGGAGAGGCCUGAGAGAGCUCUGCCCCGCUCCCCGUCCCCCUCCAGGCCGGGCCAGCACGUGCCCAGCUCCUCACAGCCAAGCCCCGCAGGACGUGGCUUCCACCACCAAGGCCGCGCUCAAACCCUGCUGUGCCCCUGAGGAGGGGCCGGGCGGCACGGGGAGGGUGGCUCUGGGCCUCGGCUGACCGUCCUGCGGGGGAGCUCCCUGCCAGCCACGGCGCCGUGGGCGGGAUGAGCCAGCAGAGGUGUCCGCCCCUGUGUCCACCAUCAGGUGCCCUAUGCAUGUGUCCAUUGCAGCCCAGUGUCUGACAGGCCGCUCGUGUCCCCGGAGGCUCCCGACGCUGUGGCAGGUCCCUUGGUGUGCAAUAAAGCCCGCGCUGUGUCCCGAGGGGUGCUGCUGGGGGCUUUUGUUCCAGGUCGGAGCUCGUCACUGUCCCCCGAGCUGACCUAAGUCAGGCCCGGGUGAUCCUCAGCCUGCGCGUCCCCGACCUCGUCCCCAACCCUCCCUGUGAGGCCCUGGGUCACAGCUGGAGGGGACAGGGGGGCCCUUGGCCGUGGCGAGGGGCCUGUCCUCACACGUCCUUGGCCGCAGUGGUCUCCUCGGGCCACAGCAAGCAAAUCCACGUGGGGGAGUGGAGUGCGCCAAGGUGUCUCAGGGCUUCUCAGCUGCCCAGAUGCCCCCGACCCCUCCUGACCCCCUCUGACCCUCUCCGACGCCCCCCCCACACCCUCUGAUGUCCCGUGACCCUGCUGGUCACAGUCGGGGACUGUGGGCCAGGGAGAAGGACCGGGCACACCCUUCCCUGUGGCUGCCACCCAUGUGAGGGGACACGGGAGCCUAUGGACAGUGCGUGCCGGUGGCCAUGCCCCAGGGAGCACUUGAGGCUGGGCGGGGAGCAGAGCCGUGCGGGCCUGCCUGGCCCCACAGAACUGUGUCCCCUCUGCUCCUGGGGUCCCGGCAGGGGGCCUCAGUGCUGGAGACCCCGGCCCCCUGCAGUUAGGGUCGCACCACGUCACCUCUGUGGGCGCGGCGCGGAGGUGCGGCUCUCACCACCGCAGCGCCUGCUGGGUCUCCAAGCCUCGUCCCCCGGGCCUCUUUGGAGGGCUCUGCUUUAGCGCAGGCCUUUGAGGCCACACUGAGGUCCUGGUCCCCGUCACAGCCCAGAGGAUGGGACUUUCUGGAAGGCGUUGUCAGGUGUGAACAGCAGGGGAGUGCCGGGUGCAGGAGCCAGAGAACAGAGCCCCACAGGCGAGAAGCAGAGCUGGGGGGCACUGGGCGUGUCCUGGCUGGUGCGGCCCCCACUGGGCUCCAGGCUGGACUCGCUGCCCAGAAACUGCUUCCUGUCCCAGGAAAGCGUCUCCACACCCUUCCCUGGGGGCCCCCACAGCUGGGGAGGGUGCCGAGGAGUUGCUGCCGCUACAGACCAGUGCCCGGGGGCAAGCGUCUGUCCUCCCAUAGGACAGCGCCCGCCAUGAGCCGCCCCAGCGGCACCUGCCAGGGGCUGUGGGCUGCAAGUCGGUGGACAUCCUGGCCGUGUGUCCUGGCCAUUGGGACACUGGUGGCCCGGCCUGGGAGAUGUGCCUGUGCCGCAGCGUCUGCCGCAGGAGCUGUCCCUGCGAGCCAGGCCAGCCCUCUGUCUGAGCCUCUGCAGGGACCCUGGCCCCCUCAGGAGGCCACCCUGAUGGCCUGCAGCCUAGAGCUGGGCUGAGAUCCUGGACGACCCCUUUCUGGGAACCAGACCCCACACAGGCACUGCCAGAGGCCCUCCCCCAGCCCCACAGGAAGGGCCUGACCCCUGCUCCCCCUUCCCCAAGGAGCUGGGUGCCCAGCUCUGGGUGGGGCAUAGGAGUGGCUGACGCUGUCUGGCCCGGUGAGGAACCGGUAGCAUGAGGCUCUUGGGCACUGUCCCGGGCCGGGUUCAGCCUGCAGGCAGCAGGUCUUGGGGGACUGUGUCCGUGAGGACGAGCCUGGGGAGGCCAGGCAGGCCCUAGCGUGGGAGCAGUGGCCCUGCUGGUGGCUGCCACCCCUCCCUGCUGCCCCAGGCUCCACCCUCAUUCCCCAGGCACACUUGCCCCUGAAGCUGAGCCCGGCAGCCAAGGUCGGGGCUCCGGGACCCCAACAGCAGGGCUGGGAGAUCCUUGCAGGGCUGCCUGGCCGGACUGAAACCACAUCCCUGGGACCUGGGGGCACCUGCGUGGGGUGUACCUGGCUCCAAGUGAGAGGAGGGGCACUUGCCACACGAGGCAGGUGAGUUCUGAAGCCACGCCCAGCACCUGAAGGUAGGCAGGUGCUCUCCACGCGGGGCAGCUGGAAGGGGCCGUGGAGAGGCAGAGGCAAGGGGCGGGGUCUGCGUCCUGCAGGGGCUCGGCCCCCUGCCACCUGCAGCGUGGUGACCAUGCCGUGACGCUGUCCCCAGGCCCCCUGCC